ACAAAACCACACAUAGCUUGUACAUACAAGUUUACCAUUAGUACAUAACAAAACUACGACCUUUUCAGCUAUACGAAAACAACUGAUGUAUGCUAAAUAGCAGUAAAAGUUAUUCUACAAUUCCAUUUUUGGAUCAACUUCCAGCAGAAUAAUUACCAUUCCUAUUUGUAAUAAGGUUUUAUUUAACGUAAAUAUUUUAACAGGGAUUUAUCUGUAUUGUGAAUUUUUAUAUUGUGGUGGUUUCGACGCGGAUAUAAUUUUUCGCUUUAUCAUUGCGUCGCAUAUUUAUUCCUGUGCCGCAAAUUGAGAUAAUGCGUACCACAAAUAUUUUCGUCUGCGUUUUCUAGUCAAUUUUGUGAUAAAAAGCAUACAUUCAAGUCACGGAACGCUGAAUCAUGGAGGGAAGCGAAGGUUCCGAAGGUUCGACUCUCGAACCAGAUGAAAACACACUGAUUUGGCGACGACUUCAACUCAGCAAGGCCAAAUUGAAGGGUGUUACGGAAAUGGCAGCUCUGAUGGCUGGAUUCUCUGUGAUUGCCACCGUCGAACUGACCAUCGAAAAAGGUACAAGCGAAGCCCUUCUCGUCUCCUUCGCCGUCACGACGGCCCUUCUCGUUUCCACCACCAUGCUUUCAAUUAUGAUCGCCACCUGUAUUUUACCCCACAUCGAGGCCGUCGCCAAGCUAGAGUCGAUAAGCCUCGCGAGAAAGUCACCCCACGACGAUGUCAGUUUCUACAUUGAUCUCGCCUGGUUUUUAGCCAACACCGUCUCAAUCUUCCUCUUCAUCGUGGACGUAAUUCUCCUCUGUUGGAUAAAGUUUCCUACAACGCCGGCAAUCUCGAUUACCGCAAUUAUGGUCCCCGUCCUCAUACUUUUGUUCAUUUUUAGCAUAGUCUUCUACCGACAAACUGUCCACCAUCAGAUUAACAUGGCCGAUAAGAAGUUGGAUGAGCUGCGAGCUCUAAGCGUCAAAUUGAGGCUGAACGCGACGGAUUAUAAUUACGAUGAUGAUGAAGACGAUCAAAAUAACAGUAGCAGCAGUGGUGGUCGGCGUAAUAAUCCGACCUCUGGGGAUGUGGGGAUUACUAUUUUAAAUCAUAAUGCUCACAGUCUCAACCCCACGACAGGAUUACCUUUGACGUCCGCCAUAAAAAAAAUGAGUACAGUUUGAGUAAUAUUCCUUAACUAUAAGAUAUUUUUUUAUCAAUUUAGUACAUUAGUUGUGAUGAGUAUUUUAUUAAAGACAUUGUCAAUAUGACGUUACUACUA